CGAUGGCGUUUUCUCGGGAAAACCAGGCGCCGUUGACAUACGAUGAGAUGGGAAAAGCCAGGAAUAUAAUAUGUCUGGCUUAGUCUCUCCCUCGCAUCCCUCGACGGCGAGAUCGGGGCGAGCGACCUGCUCAUGAGCGUGGCGCCGCUCCGGCUAAUCUCGGUCGGGGGCUCGCUGGCGGUGCGGGUGUGCCACAACCGGGAGGCGUCGUACGACAUCGACUGCAUCCUGGACCCCAACAUCGCGGCGGCGACCGACUACCUGGUGGAGCUGCAGCGGGCCAUCUCGGCGGUGGCGGAGCAGGGCGGCUACAUCGAGGACUGGCUGAACCGCGAGGUCGAGCUGUUCGUGUCCAAGGACCGCCGCAUGGACCUCUUCCUCGAGUCGGUCCAGCAGGGCAUCACCAUCUACGAGGGCGCCAACCUCGUCAUCUACGCCGGCCGCCUGAGCUGGGCCCUCGAGCGCAAGGUCCGCCGCAUCGCCCACGCCCGCGACCGCCGCGGCAACAAGGACGUCGACGUCUCCGACGCCGCCGCCCUCGUCCGGCUGAUGCGCCAGACCGGGGAGCCGCCCAUCAGCUUCCGCUACAUCCGGGAGCUCAACCUCAACGGGUUCGAGCUGCCGCCCACCGACGACGCCAUCCAAGAGGUCGCCGAGCUCUACGCGGAGAAGUACGGGGAGGUGGGCAUUGCGGAUAUGGUUUGGGAUGCGGAAACGGCCAAGUGGAAAUACCAGGGCCUUCAGAAUGACUGGGUGUGGUGCUGAAGCGGGGGAUGGGGGAUGGGGAACGGGGGGGACGGAGCAUGGGGAUCAUAUCCCAAGCUGGAGGGUCGGGAUUGGGC